CCGCAUGUGAUCUAAGUUGGUAGCGAUCACGUUCAGUGCAGCAUUGCUAAUCUUGUAACACGGUGUACAAGAGCUGUUCUACGAGCGAUUGCACAGAAAGAUAUAAGAAUCAGUAGAGCAUGGAGAAACCUAUAGUUCGAGCUAGAGUGGUGAAGGUUCUCGGCAGAACGGGGUCUCAAGGACAAUGUACACAAGUCAAAGUGGAAUUUUUGAACGAACAAAACAGACAGCUCAUCAGAAACGUCAAAGGUCCCGUGCGUGAAGGAGACAUCCUAACGCUUCUGGAAUCUGAACGUGAAGCAAGAAGACUUCGUUAAAUCCGAAAUAAUUAUCGCAUACAAAGAGCUGAUGGAAUUUCGGAAUAGCUGUGUUUAAAAUGAAAUCUUGAUAUUAUAGCAACUGAUUCAAAGAAGAAAAGGCUAUCAUUACGCAUGUGUGAUUCCUAUUUAUUAUUUUCUACUUUGAAACAAUGUAUCGAACAUUUUCUUCUGCUUAUAUUUAUGAAAAGUGAAUUAUGUCUUUUUGCACCUAUUUUAUCAUGUUAAUAAAUUAAUUAACGAUA